AUGCGGAAUCCGACAUGCAGUAUUACACGGGAUGCGCUUGCAGCUAAGGAACUGCAGCUGAAAUCGUACCAGGAAGCGCGGAGGGAGAGGCUGCAUCUGCAGGCCGGAUUGAAAGAGGAGCUGACCGGAGAAAUCGCCUCAAAACAUCUGUCUGCAAAAGUCCGAGCGAGGAAGGCUCGUACUCUAAUCAAGGAGCUGAGGGAAGGUGGUAGCACGGUGACUGGGGUGCAGCAGAUUCUUGGUGCUGCGUCUGCCUUUUUUAACAACAUCUUCGGCAAAGACCGUCGUACGGAUUUCUCGAGCUGGGUGUUUAACCCAAGUCGGUGCCUGGGGAAAGAAGCAGAGGACAUGUUAAGGGCAGAUUGGUCAGAGCAAGAAGUUAAAGCAGCUUUCACAUCAAUGGCGAGGAACAAAUCACCAGGGGGGGACGGUCUUCCCAAGGAGAUGUUCGAGUGUCACUGGGACCUGCUGGGGGAUAGUUUCAUGGCUAUGGUCAAAGACUUCGAAAGGUCAGCUUCGCUCCCGGAGGAACUAAAGGAGGCGGUCACGAUCCUGUUGCACAAGAAGGGUGACCGGGAUCAGUUAAACAACUACAGGCCCAUCACGCUCCUCAAUUUCACGUAUAAGGUGCUGGCAAGAGUAAUGGCGGACAGAAUGAAGCGGGUGCUGCAUCAAGUCAUCUCACCGGAGCAGUACGGUUUUAUCCCGGGGAAGCGACUGUCUGACGCGGUCGCGCUGGUGGCUGACGUCAUUGAUGUGGCGAGGAACGAGAAGGCGGACUGGUACAUGCUAUUGGUUGACUUUCAGAAGGCUUUUGACUCGGUGUCAAGAGAUUUUCUCUUCCAGGUGCUUCGGAAAAUGGGGUUCCCGGAGCGAUACGUUGGCUGGAUUGAGGGCCUGCAUGAAAACACCACGACGAAGCUGUUGGUUAACGGCUGGCUCGGGGAAGGACUAAAUGUGGUCUCGGGGGUGCGGCAGGGGUGCCCUCUUGCCCCUUACCUCUUCCUGUGUGCGGUGGAGCCUUUGGCUCAGGAGGUGGAGAAGGCAAAGCUGGGGCUUGACAAGGAUGGGCAGCAGCUGAGCUACCUCGGCUACGCUGAUGAUACGACGCUCAUUCGACAUGGGAAAGAGCAAAUUGUUAAGGCGGAAGAGAUUUUGGACAAUUUUGAAAAAGCAGCAGGUCUGGCAACAAACAAAGGGAAAUCCGUGGUGUUACCUCUGGGGAUUAAUAUCGGAGAGGCGGCGGACGGCUCGUCUGACUUCAAAUGGGCCGGUGCAAAUGAUGCUGAACGCCUGCUGGGGGUAUGGGUGUCUCCCUCGGGGAACGGGCAAGUGACAUGGGAGAAGGCAAUCGGUCGCGUCGCUGAAAAGCUGGUGAAAUGGAAGCAGAAGUACCUGACGACGGUGGCGCGUGCAUCGGUGGUGAAUUUUUACAUUACUCCGUUGAUCGCGUUCCAAGCUCAAGUCUACCCGCCGCCUGCAGAGGUCUGGGAGGACUUGGUGCGCAUGCUGCAUGGUUUCUUAUCUGGCAACAGAGUAUCAGCGGCAAAAGGUUUCUUCCUCUGGAGCAAAGUUCUGCUAUACACGACGAGAGAGGCGGGCGGAAUUGGAGUUAGAGACCCGGAGAUCGUUAUCACCUGUCUGGCGGCGAGAAGGGCGGGACUGUACGUCACGGAAAAUAACUGCUUGAAGAAAGAUUUGAUGGAGCGGGCGGCGAAGCUUCCUCUGGGCGUCGACUCGUUUGGGGCUCAUGAAAAGCUCUUCAAAAACUGGGAAGGCGGAAGUGUCCGCUGGAAGCAGACGUGCGAAAGUCUCUCCGGCUCGCCGUUGUGUCUACGUGGCCCAGCCAGAACGAGAGAGGAGAUCCUGCAGGAGCGGGUUGUUUUUAACAAAAACAUACUGCUGCGCGGGACCACUCCGAUCGGGGGACAAAAGGAUGCCAGGAAGCUAUGGGACCUGCGACUUGGGGACUUAUUCUCACGGAGUGAGGAUGGGGAGCUACUGCAGAAGUCGGUUGCAGAGUUAACGGCGCUCCUGGGCAGCAGUGGCCCGGCGAAGCUGGCAUUGAAAGCUGUGGGGUCGCUACCAGCUUGGUGGUGCAGAGAGUUAGGGUUUUCGACCGUACUCCCCUGUUCGGCUGGCCCUCUUCAGCAGUUGGUGAUCCUGGAGGAGGGGCGCAUAAUUCCCUUGAAGAAGAUGAAGGAGGGUUGGGUGGAGGCCCGGAAAGAGUCCUACAAGCGUACAAAAUGGGCGGCACGCUGGGGUGGUGUCAUUGAUUGGAAACGGGCUGUGAACACGCGAGACUCGCUGGCGGUUCCUAACCGUCCACGUGAUGUGCUUACCAGAAUUCACGGUCUGAAUCUGCAAGUGGGGGAGAGACUGGCGUUCCUCAGCAGCAAGCCGGUGUGGUUUCCGGGGCCCUUCGGCGCGCUCUGGGCAUGCUAA